UCGCCGCGGCUCCGACCCACAGGCAGGGAACGAGCAGCGGCAGCGGCUGCACGCGCCGAGCCCAGCGCCCCGGCCGGCCCGAAGAUGACUAGGAUAGUGGUAAUUGUUGCUUGGUGUUUUCUGCAAGUGGAAGGCAGGCAUCCAGAAACCCUCCCCAGUCACCACAACAAUGGCAAUUUCUUGGACAACGACAAGUGGCUGAGCACCGUUUCGCAAUAUGAGAAAGAUAAAUACUGGAACAAAUUCAGGGAUGAAGUUGAGGAUGAUUAUUUCAGAAACUGGAACCCAAACAAACCAUUUGAUCAAGCUCUUGAUCCAUCCAAAGACCCAUGUUUGAAGGUAAAGUGCAGCCCCCAUAAAGUGUGCGUCACUCACGACUAUGAGACUGCUAUUUGUGUGAGCCGUAAGCAGCUGGUUCACAGCCUUUGGCAAAAGAAAGGAAAUCUGGCCCCGAAACAUUGGAUUGGACCGGCCAAUUUAGUCAAGUGCAAGCCAUGUCCAGUGAUGCAUGCCAGCCCUGUCUGUGGCUCUGAUGGACAUACUUACACUUCCAAGUGCAAGUUGGAGUUUCAUGCUUGUACGUCUGACAAAACUAUCGCAGCGCGAUGUGAUGGGCCCUGCCCAUGUCUUCCAGGACAAGAAAGCCCAAAACACAGGGCUGAGAAGACUGCUUGCACAGACAAGGAGCUGAGAAGUCUUGCUUCCCGACUAAAAGAUUGGUUCGGUGCUCUUCAUGAGGAUGCAAAUCGUGUCAUUAAACCAACAAGUUCGGACACAGCACAAGGCAGGUUUGACACCAGCAUACUACCAAUCUGUAAGGAUUCAUUAGGCUGGAUGUUCAACAAACUUGAUAUGAACUAUGACCUCCUGCUGGAUCACUCAGAGAUCAAUGCAAUUUAUCUCGAUAAGUAUGAGCCGUGCAUUAAACCCCUCUUCAACUCAUGUGACUCCUUCAAAGACGGAAAGCUUUCUAACAAUGAAUGGUGCUACUGCUUUCAGAAGCCAGGAGGUCUCCCUUGCCAGAAUGAAAUGAACAGGAUUCAAAAGCUAAGUCGGGGGAAGAGUCUGUUGGGUGUUUUCCUUCCACGGUGCAAUGAAGAAGGAUAUUACAAAGCAACUCAGUGUCAUGGAAGUACAGGACAAUGCUGGUGUGUUGAUAAGUAUGGAAAUGAGAUCGCUGGCUCAAGAAAACAAGGGACCGUUAGUUGUGAAGAAGAGCAAGAAACCUCGGGGGAUUUUGGCAGUGGUGGAUCUGUUGUAUUACUGGAUGAUUUGGAACAGGACCGUGAAGCAGCGAAAAAGGACAAAGAAGGGAAAAUGAAGAUUCAUGUAAGAGCGGCUAAUGAGGAUGAUGAAGAUGAAGAUGAUGAUAAGGAUGAUGAAAUUGGUUAUAUAUGGUAGUUGUCACCGUUCUGAGGACUCAUGUUUUGCACAAUAUUGCAAGUCACUUCAUAUCUCUGCAAUUGUAUCUAAGAACAUCAGGCACAAAAUAUCUCUCCUCUUUGUUUAAUUUUUACAGUAUAUAUCAUUUUCAAGACGGCUUUUUUCCAACUAGCUACUGGUUUGAAUACAGUUAAUUUUUUUUCCCUCUAUCAACGGGGCUAUGAGUUUUGUUAGUUUUGUUUAAGCAAAGUUUCAUAGCUUACUCCCCGCCUGCACAGCUUGUGAAAUAUAGUUUAUGGGAUUAAAAAAGAAGAGAGAAAAAACAAACCAGUGCAAGAAUUAAAAGCCCAUUUUAUGUUAUCAACAUUGGAGAAGUUUUGUCAUCAGCUGUUAACUGAAUUUUCUGACCAUGCUAUAAGUAAUUGCUUUUCUUUUAUGCAGUAGGUAAUAUAGAAAAGCAGGUGCCUCAGUUUCUGUCCCGUGUCUGGCACUUGUCACUAAAGAGCAAGUCAUCUGUGUAUAAUAACUUCUGGCUCACUAAUAUUGAUGGUUUUAAGUCAGGAAGAAAUCCAUCAGUAUUUUUUCUCACUUGCUCUAAGAAUGAUUACUACAGGCUAAGUUCUGCCCUGAUUGAAGUCAAUGUCAAAACUCCCGUUGGCUGUAAAUGUGCAGGAUCAGGUCAUUGUCACCUCAUUUUCAUAGUAAACAAUAUGAUCUCGAUCCUGAGAGAUGCUGAGCGUCCGCAGCUACCACCGACUUCGAGCCUCGUAGCAGGGGAACAUAAUUCCAGAAUGUUGGAAUGUUUUGUAAUUCUAGAUCAUUGUAACCAUUUUCCAACUAACAAAUCUUGGGUUUCUGUUUAAUUAGUUUGCACUAAGAGUUUGCAAUGUCAUGCAAGCUGCCUCUGUUUCUGGAGUAACACACGCCAAUGUUGGAUCUGCUGGAAAUCCCCUGUUCUUCAUUUACCCUAAGUAACUCCUCAUUUGGAAGCUAGGAAGCUGUCAAAGAUACUCACCAUCAAAAGUAAUAAGCUGUCUCUUCUUUAUUUUAAAUUGUUAAUAUUUAUUUAGUCUGUAUAAAAAACAACCUUAGAUAGUCAUGUUUCCAACUAACAUCUUUUCUGCUUAAUAUGAAAUAUCGUGCACUCCUAAUACACACCUAUAAAAUAGAAGAAUAUUAUUAAAAUUGAAUCUUCUGAUUCUUUAAGCCGUUCCCAUUUAUUCAUAUCUCCACAGCUGUAUCACAGCAUUCUGAAGCUAAAUGAUUUACUUCCCUUCCCUGUUGAAAGUCAUGGGUAAAAUGAAUGUACCAUAUCAUGGCUUUUAUCCCUUUUGUUAUUUUAUCCAGAUUAUCAGAGAACACGAUAACAAUGAGGAGUCAUGGGACAGAAUACGUUUGUUAGCAAUUCAUUUUUGUGUUUAAGAGGACAAAAGUGACCCAUAAUAGAACUUUAAUUCCAAAAUCUUUUAGGGUCAAAUGCACCAUGAGGUGACAGGAGUAAUUCCAUUUAAGUUAAUGGAGUUAUACCAGAAAUGAAUUUGGCCUAUAGGCAUUUCAGAGAAACCCUUUAUAGUUCUGUUAAAGACACUACUUCCUUAUGUGAAUUGACUUGCAUUUUCAAAAGCAGCUGAGGGGUGCAGUUUACCCUCAGACCAUUAGUCAAUAUAAGUAGUACUUUGCCUGCUUAUCUAUCUUGCAUGUUCCAUGAUUCAUUUUGGGGGGGUGAAUCAUGUCAUUACAAGGUAAAGUUUGCAAAAUGAAAUCUACCAAUAUAAAUGCCAAAUUCCAUUCCAAAAACAGGAUGUUUCACCCAUUUCCUUUGGGUUUCAUGUCCUCGGGCCAGCAGUCUGAAUUUACUGUUCUUGUGACACAUGAGCCCAAGUCAGACAUCCUUCUCAGGAAAAAGAACAGGAGUCCUUGUGGCACCUUAGAGACUAACACAUU